AUGGAGGAACCUCCUCCACGAUUCUUCAACGACAUUUUCCCAGAGAACCACGCCGAUCUGUCAUGGGCUCCCGACAGGAUGGAUCCCAAUUCGUCCUACAGGCUUGCUGUUCGAGUAGGCGCUUAUGUCCAAUUAACUGAUGAUGAUGGUUGCGAAUAUUGCAAGGCAUGUAACAUUCCAAAGAUUUUAGACAGGGAUAGCACAAACUGGAAUGAUUUGCUUCUUGAAUUUGCUACAGAAAUUAAGCUAGGCUCAAAACCAAAACUACGUGUCACCUAUUGGGAUAAUAUGAGUCGUAGCUAUAGAGAGAUUGAUUCUGACCAGAAAUUGCUUCAUGCAAUUGACAUGUAUUGGGAUACAAGGAGGCUUUCCGUGCAAUGCUACACCCCCAAGAACUAUCACUUCUGUUUCUACACCAAGCCCUAUGACAAGAAGCCGAAAAGGUUGCUGAAAUUUGAAGGCUCCAUAGAGCCUGUUGCAUGUGAAGCACUAUCUCCAGUAACCUUCAUGGAGAAGGGAAAGGCAAAGAAGUUGAAGGUUGUCAGGUCUAAGAAAGAGUAG